AUGAGAUUUCAACCAUACCGACACCCGAAAAAUAUAUUGAAACGAACUUCGAAGAGCGAAUCUACACCGACUAGGAUGCAUCGAUCACGAGAAGCCGGUCGAAGCUCAAGUGCAGCCCCUUCCGAAACCUCUGGAUCGACGUCACCCGAACGUGCCGCCGAUGAUGACACCGAUUUCUUCAUGGCCCAGGCCAACGACUCGCAAUCCUCUAUCGGUGUGGCCAACUUCCGCGACUCUCGUUUGUCAAGUGAACCAUCCGAGCCACUGCCACCGAUCGGCCGCCUCCCACCCGAGAUUCUGAUCGCGAUUUUCUCGAAAUUGGUUGCGCCCAUAGAUAUGCUUAAUUCCAUGCUGGUGUGUCGUGGAUGGGCUGCGAACUCUGUAGGGAUACUGUGGCAUAGACCGACUUGCAACACCUGGGCCAAUGUGAGAAGCGUGACUACGUCGUUGGGAAAACCGGACAGCCUUUUCAACUACGCAGACCUUAUCAAAAGACUGAAUCUAUCAGCUCUGUCAGAUGGUGUCAACGAUGGAACUAUCCUCUCUUUCAACCAGUGCAAGAGGAUUGAGCGGCUGACAUUGACAAGCUGCAAGAACUUGACGGAUAAGGGGGUCUCAGAUUUGGUGGAGGGGAACCGGCAUCUGCAGGCUUUGGAUGUUUCAGAAUUGCGACAUCUCACAGACCACACGCUCGCCACGGUAUCCAGGGACUGCCCUCGCCUGCAAGGUCUGAACAUCACAGGAUGUUCAAAAGUCACCGACGACGCUUUACUCAUUGUAUCACAAAAGUGCCGUCAAAUCAAAAGGUUGAAACUCAACGGAGUUUCCAAUGUCUCAGACCGGGCCAUUCAGUCCUUUGCUGAGAACUGCCCGUCUAUACUAGAGAUCGAUUUACAUGACUGCAAACUUGUCACUAGCACAUCAGUGACCCCGUUGCUCACGACACUGCGGCAUCUCCGAGAACUGCGGCUCGCACAUUGCACUGAAAUCGACGAUAGUGCGUUCAUGUCGUUAUCUCCUCAAAUGACCUUCGACAGUCUUCGCAUCCUUGAUCUCACUGCAUGCGAGAAUGUCAGGGAUGAUUCAGUGGAGCGAAUCGUGCGUGCAGCUCCUCGUUUGCGGAAUCUGGUCCUGGCCAAAUGCCGAUUUAUCACAGAUCGAGCUGUGAUUGCCAUUUGCAGGCUAGGAAAGAACCUCCACUAUGUGCACCUGGGUCACUGUUCGAACAUCUCAGACUCGGCCGUGAUAAGCCUGAUCAAGUCCUGCAACCGUAUUCGAUACAUCGAUCUGGCCUGCUGCAACCUCCUAACGGACCGCAGUGUACAACAAUUGGCAACUUUGCCGAAGCUCCGAAGAAUCGGGCUAGUCAAAUGUCAGGCCAUCACCGAUCAGAGUAUAUUAGCGUUGGCACGGCCCAAGAUGGGCCAUCAUCCUUCCAUCAGCAGUUUAGAGCGUGUUCACCUGAGCUAUUGCGUUCAGUUGGGAAUGAAAGGUAUCCACGCUUUGCUGAAUAGCUGUCCACGCCUGACUCAUUUGAGUUUGACCGGCGUCCAAGCGUUCCUGCGAGAGAAUCUCACCGCAUUCUGCCGAGAAGCUCCCCCAGAGUUCACGCAACAACAACGGGAUGUCUUCUGUGUGUUCAGCGGUGAUGGUGUCAAUCGACUCCGGGAGCACUUGAACCGAAAUGAACCACCAUUCCAAGAAGGAGCCGAAGCCACGAUGUACGAUGACGACGAAGAACUGGACGAAGAUGAGGGCCAGAUGACUGGGCUGAUGAACGCAACUGUUAUCAACGAUGGAGACGAUGAUUACAUCGACGUCGGGCCUAUGAAUACUUGA